AAAGCGGGUUUCAAUAUUCCUGACACUGUUACUAAGGUGCUGAUGUUUCGAAUCCGGAAGUGAGAAACAGGACAUGGAGGACAAUAAUAAGGUUACACCCAAGCGUGGACUUAAGGCUCAGAAUCCUUCCCACAGACAGGCCUUAGACGGCGAGGAAGGGGUUCUGGGGUCAUGGCUUUUCCCGAGCCAAAGCCGCGGGCCCCGGAGCUGCCGCAGAAACGGUUAAAGGCGCUGAACUGCGGGCAAGGGGCUGUGCGAGCCGUGCGAUUUAAUGUGGAUGGCAAUUAUUGCUUAACGUGUGGCAGCGACAAGACCCUGAAGCUGUGGAACCCACUUCGGGGGAUGCUGCUGCGGACAUACAGUGGCCAUGGCUACGAGGUGCUGGACGCGGCCGGCUCCUUUGACAAUAGCAGUCUCUGCUCUGGCGGCGGGGACAAGGCGGUGGUUCUGUGGGACGUGGCUUCAGGGCAGGUCGUGCGCAAAUUCCGGGGCCAUGCAGGGAAGGUGAACACUGUGCAGUUUAAUGAAGAGGCCACAGUCAUCCUGUCAGGCUCUAUUGAUUCCAGCAUCCGCUGCUGGGACUGCCGCUCUCGGAGACCUGAGCCAGUGCAGAUACUGGAUGAGGCCAGGGAUGGUAUCUCCAGUGUGAAGGUGUUGGACCAUGAGGUCCUGGCAGGAUCUGUAGAUGGCCGAGUGAGGCGCUAUGACCUGAGGAUGGGGCAGCUCUUCUCAGACUACGUGGGCAGUCCCAUCACCUGCACCUGCUUCAGCCGGGAUGGGCAGUGCACCCUAGUGUCUAGCCUGGACUCCAUAUUGCGGCUUCUAGACAAAGACACAGGGGAGCUGCUAGGCGAGUACACAGGCCAUAAAAACCAGGAAUACAAGCUAGACUGCUGCCUGAGCGAUCGUGACACACACGUGGUCAGCUGCUCUGAGGACGGGAAGGUGUUCUUCUGGGACCUGGUGGAGGGUGCCAUGGUGCUGGCUCUGCCUGUGGGUCAUGGUGUGGUGCAGUCACUGGCCUACCACCCCACUGAGCCCUGCCUGCUGACUGCUGUGGGGGGCAGCAUCCAUUGCUGGCGGGAGGAGGCUUAUGAGGCAGAAAGUGGAGCAGGCUGAAGCCAAGGACCCACCAGCAAGGCACGGACCAAGAAGGACCAUGACAUUUAUUCUAGAGUUAGCACUGACCAAGGCGGGGAGCAUGGGGUUUGGUCUGCAAACUAAUAAAUACAGAAGGGGAUAAGGCCUCCCUGAGGCC